AUGACGAUGGUGGUGGAAGUUGUGGUAGAAGUGACGGCAGCGGUAAUGAUGGUGGUGCUGGUGCUGGUGAUCAUGAGGGUAACUGAGGUGGUGGUAGAGGUGUUGGUAGUAGUGAAGCUGGUGGUGAUGCUGGUAGUGUUGGUAGUGGAGACAGUGGUGGUGAUGGUGCUGAUGGUGGUGGUGACAGUGCUGGUGCUGAUGGUGAUAAUGGCGAUGUGUGACGGGCGCCGAGUGGCCUCCACCCUCCGCUACUGCAUGACGGUCGGCGGCACGGUGCUUCUGGUGGCCGGCACACUCUGCUUCGCCUGGUGGAGUGAAGGGGAUCCAGGUGCCCAGCCCGGCCAGCCGGCCCCACCCACUGGGCGCCCUGUGCCCGAGGCCCCCGGGACCCUGCUCAGGUCGGUCAGCUUCUUCUGCUGUGGCGCGGGCGGCCUGCUGCUACUCUUCGGCCUGCUGUGGUCCGUCAAGGCUGGCACCCGGGGGCCUCAAUGGGACCUGUAUCGCCUCUCCAGAGACCUGUACCACCUCACUGUGGAGCCCUCGGAGAAGGAGAGCUACAGGACCCCAGAGCUGGUGGCCAUUCCCACUUACGAGGAGGCCGUGCACUGCUUGCUGGCUGGGGAAGGCCUGCGGGGGACCCGGCCCUCCCCGCCUCCACCCAGCUACGAGAGCAUCGUCUUCGCUGCUGACGCCACCUCUGGAGAGACAGUCCCGGGGGCUGCCGGCCCCUGCCCAGGCCGGGCUCAGACCGCGGGGGGACGUUAA